UCUAAUCUGUGCAGUACAUCACCUCUUGUCAAAUUCGAAAUGUUUUUUUCAUAAAUUUUUCUUAAAUCUAAACUAAAACAUAUUUUUCAAUUGUAAUCUUUUAAAAAGGAAAUAGUUGUCCACUGCAAACCUUUUUGUUUGUUUUAUAUAUUUUAAGCCUAAACUUACAUUAUGUUCUUAACUAAUAUAUUGUGUAAAAAAGCGAAAAGCAAGUUGAUAAUGGUUUUAAUGGAGAGUGCAGUCUCUGGACAUAAAUUCGUUACUAUUAGAGAACGUCUCGCUGACAAAUUAGAAAUACUGAGAUAUGACCCAUACAUACAAGAAGAAAGUCUAUACAGAGAGCGAAAAAAGAUCAGAAGUAUAAAAUCAUCAUAAGUUAUUUUACAGGUGAAAAAAAAGAAUAAAAUAUUUGCAUCUGUUUAGAGAAGUAUUCUACUAAUGUAAAUGAAUAAGAAACAGAAGGAAAAAUUACAAAAAAUGUUGAGAGUUUCUCAUACAGAUUUAAUAGAUGGAUAUGCUGAAUUAGAGUUAUAAUAGAUGUAACAGGGAAGCUCAAAAUAUUUUAUUAUUCUCUCACCAAACGUUCUUAAAGAAAAAUAAAAUGUUCAGAUCUGUGGUAGAGUACUCUUUUAAAAAGAUACUAAGGAUUCAGAUUUCACCGUGUACAUAUUAGGAUAUUAGGUUAUAAAAUAAAAAAAGCAGUGUUGUAUUUAAAAUGUUAUAAUUUAGUUAUUGUACUUUAAACAAUAAACAAAUCUUUGGAUAUAA